CUGAUGUUGACUGAAUUGCCAAACUUUUAAGAUAUGUGCCUUUUUAAGUAUGGGUUUACGCAUCCCAUACCAAAAACUAUGUUCCAAAUGUUUACAUUUCCGUGUGCUAAGUACUUUCUCAUGCACCGCUAAUACAUUCUUCCUGUGUGUAUCUUUGUCUCCAUGAUACGUUUUGGAAGUUGUUUCGUUUAUGUUUCUUUUUGGUAUGGGAUGCCAUCUGCUGCAUGAUGCUUGGGAGCUUUGAGAACCGCUCGUUUCUGUGCUUCUGUUGUCCCGAGCAACGACGGCCUUCCUAAUCACAACGGCUUGUGGCAGCCGCACACGCCCUCUCUCAGUUCAGGGUUUCAUAGCAAAUAUCAAUGGGUUCAUGGAGCAGUUCAACAAGAAAACACAACACAGGGAAAUCAUUGCUGGACUAUGCAGUCUGGCUUUCUUUUCUGUAGGAUCAUGUGCAAAUGAACUGUCACGCUUCAGAAUUAACGUUUUCCGAAGGGAAUCGAAAACACAGAAAGAACACAUAAGAGUUAACUUACCGAUCAUUUAUACCCCAGCCUCAUAAAUCAAAAGCUCCUGUGCUCCAAAUUUUGCUUGAGAGGAACAUAAUAUGCUUACCUUUUCUUCAGCUCUAUCGGGCAUUAAAGUUUUGAAAUGCAGUUUUCUCUUUUCUUUGGAAAGAGACUCAGCAUUAUAUGUGAAUGUAUGUAUUUUUCUCAUUGUUGCUAUCCAGAAUUUUCCUUAACUUACUUUUUCUGCACAGUCUUCAGCAUGAUCAUAAUGUGUACAAUUUUGACCAACUGUGUAUUCAUGACUUUUAGCAAUCCUCCUGAAUGGUCGAAACAAGUAGAGUAAGUAUGCACUUUAAUUUCACGGCAUGCUUCUCUUUGUUUAGCCUCAGGGUAAACAGAAAUACUAUGACCUGGAUUCAAUCAACAUUUGUACUUAACUUUCAUAUAAUAACCAAAACGACCUUGGGAGGUGCUUAAGUCAACUCUAGAUAGCUGGAUGGAUAUAAAUUGCCAUGUGUCUAGACCAAAAUGUUCUAUGAGCUUUAUAAAUCAAACCUCAGCAGUAAUGCCUUUUGGACCUUUUUUACUGAUAGCAGAAACAGAUUCUAUAUAUUGACCAGAUAUUCAGCUCCUAAAGACAGGAUGUUCUCUUUGGUAGCACAUUCUAUGUUAAAAAUACAGAACUAAGUAUUUGGUAAGUCUACAGUUUUUUUAUGGCAGUGGUCAGGCUUGAACAACAACGUGGUACUACAAAUAGUCUUUUUUUACUGAGCCAUUAUACAAAGUUCAGGUACAGUUCACAAGUUCAGUUUCCACUGCUUGCUGACAAUUUUAAAAUAAAUAUGUGAUUUCACCAAUAGCUGUCAUGAUGAAAGUCUUAUUAGAUUAAUAUUUUUGUGCAUUUUGGUAAUGUUUUAUUUCAAAUGAUUAUUUGGCCCAUAUGUAGCUCCAAGACGACAGUUGACAUAAUGGCGUAUGUUUUUUGGCAAUUUUUGUUGAGCUUAACCCUUUCAGUCCCAUGUCAAACACAGCCAGAGAUCACAAGGCAUAGCCGCAAAACAAACCCCAACCUGCAGUUUUCAUGAAGGAUACCAAAGUGCAAGGCAGAAGCUGGAUAUUAUUCAAAAGCCUGGCUGAUACCUUGGCUGUAAUCUGGAACUAGUUCAUGGACAGGUUAUUGUUUUUAUGAAUGGCAGUCCUAUAAGUAUACUUAUAUAUUUAUUUGUAAGAGUUUUAUACUUCAGUAUCCCGCAUUUCAAAAUUACAUUCCAUGAUACACUGCUCGUUUCUAUGGUGUCUCUGAAGUAACAGUUGGUAAGCUUGUAACAUUAAAAUGUUAGACAGACUGUAGACAUAUUCUAUUUUGUUUCUAUUAAAAUGCAGAAAGAAAUGAAAACUAUGUUUAUCAGUGAUGCUGUAUGGGGCCUGAAAAAAGUAAAGGACAGAAAAAAGUAAAAAGAAAAGCAGAUGAGUGAGUUUUCUGUUAGGCUUCUUAAAAUCAUAUAUUGUGUUUUUUUUUUUUUUUAGAAGGUAGUACUUCAUGCAUCAUCUUAACAUAUUUUCUGUAAGAAAGGGAAUUAGACUGUGGUGGUAUCUCAUGGCUAAGUUGAGAAGCACAUGUAAAGUAGUAUUAAAUACUCUUACACAUCAUUCAUGUGAUUUUUUGGUCAUAACUAACAUCAAAUGUAAUAUUUGGCAAAAAGGUCAGAAAAAUGUCUUGUUUGUUUAAUUUAACCACUGUAAAUUGUCCACCUACUUGUCAUAGUAGUAAAAUUGAACAUGCACAAGUUUACACACUAAAACCAAAUGACAUUCAAGCUCAGCAUGGAUUUCUACAAUGUAAGAUUACAGCAAAUAAAUAAAUAAAGAAAUAAUCUAAAGUUUCUAAAUUUGAUUAAUUCAGCACACUUGGGUAACAUAACAUUAAAGUUUUUCAAUGGUAUACUUAUUGUUGUUGACAUAAUUCACGUGUCUCACAGGGGAAAUGCUUAUUUAUUGGUAGUUUAUUUUAUCAAAUAUAUACAGGUUUGAACAUGUCUUGACAGGAGACGAGACCUCUGAUCAUCUAUCAUCAUCACAACUGAAAUGAAUCAAACAUUUACUAUUACUGAAAAAAAAAUAUUUUGAAAUUUUACAAUAAAAGUUGACUGAAUCCAAGCCUAUGUUGCAAAUACUAUUCUAAGUAACUAUUCUAGUAUUUGCACCCCAAGGAAAGUGCCAUAAAAAUAAGUGUAAACUUGGUCCGUAGCACGGCUUCUUUGCAGAGGCAUGGCUACUGCACCACUGCAUGAUGGGAUGGCGAACUGUUCUGAUAGCUGUCCGUCUUAAAACGACGUCUGAUCCUCACUGUGGUUUUUCCUUCUAGGUACACCUUCACUGGUAUUUAUACCUUUGAAUCGCUAACAAAAAUAGUUGCUCGAGGGUUCUGUAUAGACGGGUUUACGUUCCUAAGGGAUCCAUGGAACUGGCUCGAUUUCAUGGUGAUUUCUAUGGCAUAUGUCACAGAGUUUGUGGACCUGGGGAAUGUGUCUGCGCUGAGAACGUUCAGAGUUCUCCGGGCAUUGAAAACUAUCUCUGUCAUUCCAGGCCUGAAGACCAUUGUGGGCGCCCUGAUCCAGUCAGUGAAGAAGCUGUCGGACGUGAUGAUCCUCACCGUCUUCUGCCUCAGCGUCUUUGCCCUGAUUGGCCUGCAGCUCUUCAUGGGCAACCUGCGGCAAAAGUGUGUCAUCUGGCCCAUCAACUCCACCGAAACCUACAUGGCAAACGGCAGCAAAGGGUUCGACUGGAGCGAGUACAUCAUGAAUGACACCAAUUUCUACUUUAUCCCGGGACAACUGGAUGCUCUCCUAUGUGGGAACAGCUCCGAUUCUGGUCGAUGCCCUGAGGGGUACAUGUGCAUGAAGGCGGGGAGGAACCCCAACUACGGCUACACCAGCUUCGACAGCUUCGGCUGGGCUUUCCUGGCCCUCUUCAGGCUGAUGACUCAGGACUUCUGGGAGAACCUUUACCAGCUUACACUGAGGGCUGCAGGGAAGACCUACAUGAUCUUCUUUGUUCUGGUGAUCUUCGUGGGCUCCUUCUACCUGGUGAACCUGAUCCUGGCUGUGGUGGCCAUGGCCUACGAGGAGCAGAACCAGGCCACCAUGGAGGAGGCGGAGCAGAAGGAGGCCGAGUUCAAGGCCAUGCUGGAGCAGCUGAAGAAGCAGCAGGAGGACGCUCAGGCGGCAGCCAUGGCCACCUCGGCCGGCACGGUGUCAGAGGACCCGGUGGAGGACGACGGUGGGGGCCACCUGUCCCGAAGCUCCUCUGAGGUCUCCAAAUUCAGCUCCAAGAGCGCCAAGGAGCGCCGCAACCGCAAGAAAAAAUGGCGGCAGAAGGAGCAGCUGCACGGCGAGGAGAAGGGCGACAGCGAGAAGUUCGUCAAGUCCGAGUCCGACGACGGCAGCAAGAGGAGCCGCUUCCGUUUCCCUGACAACCGGCUGGGCAGGAAGACAUCCAUCAUGGACCAGUCCCUCCUCAGCAUUCCCGGCUCCCCGUUCAUGUCGCGCCACAACAGCAAGAGCAGCAUCUUCAGCUUCAAGGGCCGCUCCAAGGACGUGGGCUCGGAGAACGAGUUCGCCGACGACGAGCACAGCACGGUGGAGGAGAGCGAGGACCGCCGCGGCUCCCUCUUCAUCCCCUACCGCCGCAACAGCUACAGCGGCUACAGCCAGGGCUCGUCCCGCAUCAACCCGCUGGUCGCCCACUGCAAGCGCAACAGCACCGUGGACUGCAACGGCGUGGUGUCGCUCAUAGGACCCGGGCCGGGCGGACGCCUUCUGCCUGAGCAAGCAACAGAUGUUGACGUGAAGAAGAAGCAUUCGGGCUCCCUGAUGGUGUCUGUGGAGCAGCUCAACACAUCCUUUGGACGCAAAGACCGGGCCAACAGUGCAAUGAGUGUCAUCACCAACACUUUAGUGGAAGAACUGGAGGAGUCCCAGCGCAAGUGCCCGCCAUGCUGGUACAAGUUCGCCAACACCUUCCUCAUCUGGGAGUGCUGUCCUCUGUGGCUGAAGAUCAAGGAGAUCGUCAACCUGAUAGUGAUGGACCCCUUCGUGGACUUGGCCAUAACCAUCUGCAUUGUCCUCAACACCGUCUUCAUGGCCAUGGAGCACUACCCCAUGGCGCCUGACUUUGAGGAUGUGCUGUCCGUCGGAAAUCUGGUGUUCACUGGGAUCUUCACGGCUGAGAUGUUUGCCAAACUCGUCGCUAUGGAUCCAUACUACUACUUCCAGGAGGGCUGGAACAUAUUUGACGGCUUCAUUGUGAGCCUGAGUUUGGUAGAGCUGGGCCUGGCUGAUGUGGAGGGGCUAUCUGUGCUGCGAUCCUUCCGAUUGCUGCGAGUGUUCAAGCUGGCCAAGUCCUGGCCAACCCUCAACAUGCUGAUCAAGAUCAUUGGGAACUCGGUGGGCGCCCUGGGAAACCUGACCCUGGUGCUGGCCAUCAUCGUCUUCAUCUUCGCCGUGGUGGGCAUGCAGCUCUUCGGCAAGAGCUACAAGGACUGCGUGUGCAAGAUCGCCCAGGACUGCGAGCUGCCGCGCUGGCACAUGAACGACUUCUUCCACUCCUUCCUGAUCGUGUUCCGGGUGCUGUGUGGGGAGUGGAUCGAGACCAUGUGGGACUGCAUGGAAGUGGCAGGACAGACGAUGUGUCUCACCGUCUUCAUGAUGGUCAUGGUCAUCGGAAACCUUGUGGUACUGAACCUGUUCCUUGCCUUGCUGCUGAGCUCCUUCAGUGCAGACAACCUGGCGGCCACGGAUGACGACGGCGAGAUGAACAACCUGCAGAUCUCCGUCAUCCGCAUCAAGAAGGGCAUCGCCUGGCUGAAGAUCAACGUUCGGGUGCUCGCGGCGACCCUGCUGAAGAAGGAUAAGGAGACGGACGAGGUGAAACCGCUGGACGACAUGUACGACAAGAAGCUCAACUGCAUCGCCAACCACACCGGCGUGGACAUCAACCGCGAGCUGGACUACCAGAAGAACGGCAACGGCACUACCAGCGGCAUCGGCAGCAGCGUGGGGAAGUACAUGAUCGACGAGGACCGCAUGUCCUUCAUCCACAACCCCAACCUGACUGUGCGCGUGCCCAUCGCCGUGGGCGAGUCUGACUUCGAGAACCUCAACACCGAGGACUUCAGCAGCGAGUCGGACGUGGAGGGCAGCAAAGACUUGGAUGACACCAGCUCCUCAGAGGGAAGCACCAUUGACAUUAAGCCCGAUGUAGAGGACGUAGUGGUGGUGGAGGCUGUGGAAGAGUACCUGGAUCCAGAGGCCUGCUGGACAGAAGCCUGUAUUGCCCGGUACAAGUGCUGCGACGUGCCAAUCACUGAGGGCUGGGGGAAGUACUGGUGGUUCCUGAGGAAGACCUGCUUCCUGAUCGUGGAACACAACUGGUUCGAGACUCUCAUCAUCUUCAUGAUCCUGCUCAGCAGUGGGGCACUGGCCUUUGAGGACGUGUACAUUGAGCAGAGGAAGACCAUCCGCAUCAUCCUGGAGUACGCCGACCGAGUCUUCACCUACAUCUUCAUCCUGGAGAUGCUGCUCAAGUGGGUGGCCUAUGGCUUCGUCAAGUACUUCACCAACGCCUGGUGCUGGCUCGACUUCUUCAUCGUGGAUGUGUCUAUAGUCAGCCUUAUAGCAAAUGCCCUGGGCUACUCCGAUCUAGGCCCCAUUAAAUCACUCAGGACACUAAGGGCCUUGAGACCGCUCAGAGCUCUGUCACGAUUUGAAGGGAUGAGGGUGGUAGUCAACGCCCUGGUCGGAGCCAUUCCCUCCAUUAUGAAUGUGUUGCUGGUGUGCCUCAUCUUUUGGCUAAUUUUCAGCAUCAUGGGGGUCAACUUGUUCGCCGGAAAGUAUUACUAUUGUCACAAUGAGACGGCCGAGGAGCGCUUUGAGGCCGACGAAGUCAACAACAAGACCCAGUGCUUUAACCUCAUCAACGCUAACUUCACCGAGGUCCGGUGGAAGAACGUAAAGAUCAACUUUGACAACGUGGGGGCUGGCUACCUGGCCCUGCUGCAAGUGGCCACUUUUAAGGGCUGGAUGGACAUCAUGUACGCUGCAGUAGACUCCAGAAAAGUGGAGGAUCAGCCCAUCUAUGAGGACAACAUCUACAUGUACAUCUACUUUGUCAUCUUCAUCAUCUUUGGCUCCUUCUUCACCCUCAACCUCUUCAUUGGUGUAAUCAUCGACAACUUUAAUCAGCAGAAGAAGAAGUUUGGGGGCCAGGAUAUUUUCAUGACUGAAGAGCAGAAAAAAUAUUACAAUGCCAUGAAAAAACUGGGCUCUAAGAAACCACAGAAACCCAUCCCUCGACCGCUGAACAAAAUCCAGGGGAUGGUGUUCGACUUUGUGACGCAACAGGUUUUUGACAUCUCCAUCAUGAUCCUAAUUUGCCUCAACAUGGUGACCAUGAUGGUAGAGACAGAUGAUCAGACACCUGAGAUGGAGGACAUCCUAUACUGGAUCAACUUCAUUUUCAUCAUUGCCUUCACCAGUGAGUUUGUGCUCAAGCUCUUCGCCCUGCGACAUUACUACUUCACCAUAGGAUGGAACAUCUUCGAUGUGGUUGUGGUCAUCCUCUCCAUUGUGGGUAUGUUCCUGGCAGACAUUAUUGAAAAGUACUUUGUGUCACCAACUUUGUUCAGGGUGAUCCGUCUGGCCCGUAUUGGACGCAUCCUGCGUCUGAUCAAGGGGGCUAAGGGCAUCCGAACUUUGCUGUUUGCGCUGAUGAUGUCACUUCCUGCCUUGUUCAACAUUGGCCUGCUGCUCUUUCUGGUCAUGUUCAUCUUCUCCAUCUUCGGCAUGUCCAACUUCGCCUACGUCAAGAGGGAGGCGGGCAUCGACGACAUGUACAACUUCGAGACCUUCGGGAACAGCAUGAUCUGCCUGUUCAUGAUCACCACCUCGGCCGGCUGGGACGGCCUGCUCCUGCCCAUCCUCAAUCGGCCGCCCGACUGCAGCCUGGAGAAGGAGAACCCCGGCACCUCGGUCAAGGGCGACUGCGGCAACCCCUCGGUGGGCAUCUUCUUCUUCGUCAUGUACAUCAUCAUCUCCUUCCUCAUCGUGGUCAACAUGUACAUCGCCAUCAUCCUGGAGAACUUCAGCGUGGCCACGGAGGAGAGCGCCGACCCGCUGAGCGAGGACGACUUCGAGACCUUCUACGAGAUCUGGGAGAAGUUCGACCCGGACGCCUCGCAGUUCAUCGCCUACGCCAAGCUCUCCGACUUCGCCGACGCCCUGGAGCACCCGCUGCGGGUGCCCAAGCCCAACACCAUCGAGCUGAUCGCCAUGGACAUGCCCAUGGUGAGCGGGGACCGCAUCCACUGUCUGGACAUCCUGUUCGCCUUCACCAAGCGCGUGCUGGGCGACAGCGGCGAGCUGGACAUGCUGCGGCAGCAGAUGGAGGAGCGCUUCGUGGCGGCCAACCCGUCCAAGGUGUCCUACGAGCCCAUCACCACCACGCUGAGGCGCAAGCAGGAGGAGGUGUCCGCCAUCACCAUCCAGCGGGCCUACCGCUUCCACCUGGCCAGACGCGGCUUCGUCUGCAAGCGCAGGCCGGCGGCCGACAAACUGGAGAACGGGGGGACCAAUCAGGAGAAAAAAGAGGGGACGCCCUCGACUGCCUCCCUGCCUUCCUAUGACAGUGUGACCAAACCUGACAAGGAAAAACAGGAGGAGAAUGAGGGGCGGGGGAGGAAAGAGAGGGGCAGAAACCAAAAAGACGUCAGGGAAUCCAAGUGUUAGAAUACAAUAACAAUAAUUAACUAAUAAUAAUGAAUUAAAAAUAACAAUAAUAAUAAUAUGUUAAAGCAAAGAGAGAGGGAAAACCCCAUGAAAUCACAAUAAGCAGAUUAUUUCAUUUGCAAGUUUAAACAACAAAAAAAAAGAGAAAAAGUGAAAAUACAAAUAAAAUAAUUGUUUACAGACUUCGUUAAUGUAUCAAUGCAGAAGAAACGGCUUGGUUUCUUACAGCUUUGAAGACACUUAAACUCAAUUAAACCAAACAUAAUCAGCUUACUGUGUGACCUUGUUGCAUCAAGACUUAAGAUUUCAAUAAAUAGUUAAGAAAAACGAAGAAUCGAAAGAAGAAGACGACGCUCCCGCGCCGACAAAAAACUCUGUUUGUUGGGUGGGGGGGGAUGGGACGUCUGUGACAGAGCGGGGGAAUGUGAGCGGAGCAAGAGGAGGAAGACUCGCGCGAGAUCUCCGCAAUCGCCACACAUGGAUUCCUGUUCAGGAGCAGCGCCAUGGUGGAUUUUUUUUCCCAAAGGAAACAGCACUGCUGGACUCUUAAAACAACAGCUCAAAGCAGUCUGAAGGGUUCUCUGAGUCAUUUUCAUAUUUAGAAAACGGGGGGGGGUAGCUGCAAAGCUAAAACAAACGAAACUGAGACAGGUGGGGGAAACGAAAGCUAGAGAGAGAAAAAAAAACCCAAUAAAAAUAUAAGGGUUUUUUUUUUUUUGUUUGUUCAUGCCGAGUAUACUUGCAUCUUACCAUCUGAGCUGCAAAAAAGGGAACUAGGAAAAAAAAAAUUAAACAUUGCCCACAUUACUUAAUCAUUUUAUCUUUGUUAUACCCGCAUAUAAAAAAAAGUUUUCUACAUGGGCUUUCACACUGAUUGGGAAGGGGGAACUAAUUAGGGCUUUGACCUGGGCUGAAACGGGGACUUGCUCAGUCAGAUCUCCAGAUAAAUAAAUAAUCGUGCUCGUUCAAUGCAUAGAAAUGACUUGCAUGAUGGCAUGUUUUGAUCAGGAAUCUUGCAUGAUUAAACAUAGUCCACAAGACACUAAUACUACAGACCACAACAGUGGCUUGACCAUGAGUUUGAGGCUGUCCACUGGAUAUAAAAGAAUAUAUAAAAAGAUGAAAAAAUUCAGAUAUUAUAUUGAUGGUGAUACACUAUAUUGGAUUUUAAAAGAAAGCUAAAAAUCCAAAGUCAAUCCUGCCCUUAAUAAAUGGUACCAUCCAAACAGACAGAUCUCUCUUUGUAGCCGCAUUUGGUUGAAAUAAAUUGCAAACAUUCAGUAGCUGCUGUUUUAAUUAUUGCCAUUAUUGUGGCACAUUAAAUAAGAAACAAUACAAGAAUGUGCUGCUCUGGAUUAUGUGAACGAGAUGAAUGGGAAUGCCUGUUUAUAUAUAGAGAACGAGUAAAAAACAAGAAAUAUGCAGUAAACUACAACAAAUUAUUUCUUUCUACACAGCAAUAUUAAUUUCCACACCUACCAGCUCUGAUAUUUGUUCUUUUUUUCUAUAUUUCUUUUUUUCUGGAAGAGGACACUGUUGGAGUUUGGGUGGGAUAGAUGUUUUUUAGGAGUGUACCGGGCUGAUUAUUUUCAUGUUUAUAUAUAUGUUCUGAAGAUAUGAAUUUGUUUAUCAUUAUUUUACCUUUCCUUUUUCUUUUCUUUUUUUAUGUUGUCUUUUCAUUCUGUGGUACUGCCUAUGCCUAUUUCAUUAUUUAAGCUUUUAUUGUGUGCAUAUUCUUUUUUAUAAGGUAUCAGUUUACACUGUGUCUUUAAGGAAAUGUUAGUGAAUUGAGGGUGUGUUCCAUGGGAAGGUGGAGGGGGAACCAGGAGUUGGACGAGGAGCCCGGGGAGACAGGCCUUGUUGAGUAAGGCAUGCAGUUUCUGGGCUCGGGAGGAGAAAAGAAAUGCAACGCAUGCUGUUUGCACUGCUCCAGUCUGCCCCCAUUACCCAGAAGACACCGCAGAUGCAUUUUGUAUGAAUGUGAGUUGUGGUGUGCGCAAACGACGAUGAGCCAAAAUGGCGUCCUUGUGGCGUGAAGAAACGCACGGGGUGCGCCAAAAUGGCAUUUCAAAAGGCCUUUUGACUUGCGGUGUCAGCGAUUUCCACCAUACGAGUCCCAUCUGAGUGUUAACGGUGGUCGUGACACUGGUGCACUUUGCCCAGUAUGGCACUUCCUGGAGUCCGUUUUUAAUAAAAAUAAUAAUAAAUAAAAAACAGGGCUAGGAGCAUCUCAGUGAUACAUUUUUUGCUUACCAAAGCAGCCUUUAUCAGAAGUGGAGUCAUGCGAUUCUGUUUUUCUUUAUUAUUGUUAUUCUAAUUAUUAUGGUUAAUAGGACUACAGAAUUUGAUUGUAUGCAGAAAAACAAAUGGUUAAUUUACUAAGCCACUGUCCUCAUGUUGCCCCCAAUGAUUAAUCUGUUUUCUGGAGCUUUGGAUGGAACACUGUGAAGGCGGCGCAAAAGGUUUGAACAGCACACGAUUUUAUAUGUGAGGUGGGUGUGGUGUUAUAAUUUUGAUGGAAGCCCUUGAGUCUGACAGCAAAUGUAAAGUGCUCUAUACCCCCUGGUCAGCCAUAAUCCUCAGCAGAGGAGUAACAUCGAACAAAUGCCAAAUAAGCCGAGCACUGGACGCAUCUUACUGUGAGCCGAGACACAACACCAGAGCUUUUUGCACUUCCUGUUGUGCAGUGAUGUCACUUCCUGUCUAUGAAUCCUCCCCCUUUCCUUUUUAAAGAGUUCUUUAGUCCAGUUGCUGCAUGAAGUCUCCAAAUCAGUGUGGGUGUCAACUUGAACCAAAUAAACUCUGAAUGAAAACCAUAAUGACAAUUAUGCCAUCCAUUUUUUGUGCCCAUCUAGGAUAUAAUGUAUAAACGAAAAUACAUGCGUACGUAAAAUAAUGAAAUGAUUAAAAAAAGAUAUGUACAGUAUAGGCUAUAUUGUAAAUGGCACAAAAUGCUGAAAAGUUACGGAUGAACUUUUUAAGAGACUAUAAAUAAUGUAACAUAUUUUAUUUUAUUGGCAUGCAUAGUUUUUGUAAAUACAAAAAUUACUGAAAAAUACUACAGCUAUUAAUCUAAUUACAAAUAGUAAAUAUAACAAAAAUAGAAUGGCUUCCCGCAGACACCCUAUGUCACACUUGUUAGAUUGUGACACAAUUUGUUAGAUUAAGUAGAUUUUUUGGGGGAUACUUUUCACUAUAGAGGGGAAAAUCAACUAAAGAACUAUGUAUCAAAAAAGCAAAAAACUAUAUAUGAAUAUACAUGUAUAUGACCACCGUCCAUCACUUCCCCCCCACCCCUCCUUAACUCUGUUUUAAGCCGUUCUGAUAGUACCUGCUCACUUAAGUUUUUUUUUGUGCAAUACAUUCAGCAAAUGACCAAAACUAUAGCCUUUUUUUUGGGUCUGCUGCCAUGGAAUGCACACUGUACAAGCAGCUUGUAGAGGAUUGUGUAGCCUGUGGCGAUGAGACAACUGCGCAACCAACAGUAUCGUUUGUACAUUUAUUGUCACCUGCCAAAUAGAAUACGAAUGUGUCCAGAAGUCCCCAGGCAUCCUGGGUGGCUUAUUUUUCUGCUCGAAACCCUCCGGUGUUGCCAGAUUCAUUGGAAUAUAUUCCCCCCAGACACUCCUCAAUGUCCCUCAUCUUCAUUUGCCUCUCAAUGCAAAAUUUCCCUGAGACCCUAACCCUAACCCUAACCCUCCCCCCACCCAUAAUCCUAGCGAUCUAGAAUUCUUACUUCUGAUAACCUCCCCCGUGAGUUUGUCAGAAAAUCAUUUGACAAAAUUUGGGAGCAGUAAAACCGUAGUGUGACAACCUCGCCCUCUACCCCGAUAUCAAACCUCUCCCCCCAAAACAUGCAAGUGCCAUUGAAGUUUGAUAUUGAUUUUAUUUAUAUUUUAUUUACUUAUUUUUGUUUUUAUUUUUCACAUUAACAGAUUAUUUGUUGUUCUUUUUUAACGGCACGUGCCUUUUUCUGCUUUUUUAUUGUUGAGAAUUCGCAGAAUGAUGCCGCACCAAAACGCUGAACAGUGGAUGGUAGUCAAAAUGGAGCACAAUGCGAAAUCUGUAUCUGACCUUGUGUGAGGAGUCCUAAAACCUGCCUGACGAAUGAACAAAACAUCUAAAAAGACAUCAUUAACCGUUUUUUUUUUUUUUGUUUGUUUAUUUAUUUUUUAAAUUUGCAUUAUUUACCGAACAUGACCUCAAGCAUUCUUUUCCCCCCGCUUUUUUUACAGGCCAUAUUGGCUAGUGAAAAAGCAGCUUGCCUUUUGAUCGGGCGUUCCGUUUUAUGCUUCUGUUCAUUUCGCACUUAACGUUCUUUUUUCGUACGGAUAAUCAUUUCUUGUAACCAUUUUAUUUUUUGGCAUGACUGAGAUGCUAUUUUAUUUCGUUGUUGAAAUACUUGAGAACUGCUUUUUGAUUGUUGUUAUCAUUUGCCACGAAUAAAGCGGGAGAGAUAGUGUGUUGCACAACCACUUGGACUCUUAGCAAGAAUUUAUGAAAGAUUGUCUUCAUUUGAGCACGAACCUUUUUCUUAACAAUAAAGCAGCCUUCCAGUUA